GGUGGCGGCCAUGAGUAAGAGGAACCAGGUGUCCUACGUGCGGCCGGCCGAGCCCGCCUUCCUCAGCCGCUUCAAGCGGCAGGUCGGGUAUCGGGAGGGCCCCACGGUGGACACCAAGAGAGAGCAGCUUCCACUUGCCGAUGAUGACAGCGACAACGGCAGUGACAAGGAAGAUGAGCAGCCUCAAGUGGUGACACUGAAAAAAGGAGACUUGACUGCAGAAGAAGCAAUGAAAAUUAAACAGCAAAUCAAAGAGGCCUUAAAGUCAAAAGAAUCAGAUGAUGAACCAGAACCUGCUGAUGGAAAAAUUAUGUUCAGGAAACCAGCCAAACGUUCAUCAGAGAAGUGUUUAGACUUCAAUGUAAGUUCAAGUAAGAAGAUGAAAGAAGCAAAGAAAACCAAGGGGGAAGCAACUACUUCUCAGAGUACAGCUAAGCAAGUGAAAAACAGCAGUCUUCUGUCAUUUGAUGAUGAGGAAAAUGAUGAUUAGGGUUGUAUUUUUUUUAUGCUUAACUUGCCUGUCUAGAGACCUGGAUAAUAUUGAGGGCUUUCAUAGGAAUAGAAGCAUGGUGUCUGAGUCUUCUCUUACUUUGCUAUAGUCCAACUAGAGAAGUAAUGUAUAAAAUUAGCAUGAACUAAGUCUUUGCAGUUAGUUGGAACUGUAUGUCAUGUCUUAAUUUUAAAGGAGAAUUUAACCAUGUAUGUAAAAGCUAUUUGAGGUCACAAAUGAGUAGCAAAUUAUACCUGUAUAUAUUUAGCUUACAAAUUUUCAGUGAAUUUUAAAAUGCCCUCCAUUACUAAAAUGUGUUUUGUCUAUAU